GCGGUCGCAACCGAAGGGGCGACACCUGAGAAAAGCUCAUGGCCAUGGCCAUCUCUCUGGCGACCGCGAGGCCUGGCCCGCCCAGCCCUGGGCAUUCGCUGCAGGUCCCAGUGCGGCCACACGCGGCGGAAAGGCCGCGAUGGACGCCGGUGGUUGGUGCCUUUGCUGUGAGGCUCCUGUAUGGGCGAGGUCGACGGCUGCUGCGCCGGGCCUUCAGCGAGAAGCAGCUGGACCAGAUCCGCGAGGACUUCCCGGCGCUGCAGCAGGAGGUGAAGCCUGGAGUGCCGCUGGUGUAUCUGGACAAUGCCGCUACCUCGCAGAAGCCCAGACAGGUGCUUGAGGAGUUGAACCGCUUCUACGCCCAGGACAAUAGUAACGUCCACCGCGGGAUGCACACGUUGUCCAUGCGCUCCACAGAAGCCUUCGAGGGCGCGCGGAAGAAGGUCGCGCAGUUUAUCAAUGCACCCGACGAGCACGAGAUCGUCUUCACCCGGAAUGCCACGGAGGCCAUCAACCUGGUGGCGCGUACGUGGGGCGCAGCCAACAUUCAGUCCGGGGAUGAGAUCCUUUUGACCGUGAUGGAGCACCACUCCAACCUGGUGCCCUGGCAGCAGCUGGCCCAAUCCACCGGCGCCGUGCUGAAGUUCGGGCGCCUCAGCGCGUCCCGCGCCCUGGACGUGGACCAGUUCGAGAGCCUCAUCACGGAGAGGACCAAGCUGGUGGCCCUGUGCCACGUGUCCAACGUCCUUGGGUGCGUAAACCCCAUCGAAGACAUUGCGAAGAAGUGCCACAGCGUUGGCGCCAAGCUACUGGUGGACGCUUGUCAGAGUGUGCCACACAUGCCGGUGGACGUUCAGAGCCUCGGAGCUGAUUGGCUGGUGGCCAGCGGCCACAAGAUGUGCGGGCCCACGGGCAUCGGCUUUUUGUGGGGCCGUGCAGAGAUCCUACGCGGCUCCCCGCCAUUCCUGGGGGGCGGGGAGAUGAUCGACGAGGUGAAGCUGGAAGGCAGCACCUACAACGACAUCCCCCAUCGCUUUGAGGCGGGCACGCCGGCCUACGCCGAGGCCGUGGCCCUGGGCAAGGCCUGCGACUACCUCAGCGCCUUGGGCAUGGCCAACGUGGCGGAGCGCGAGCACCAGCUCUCGCGGCACCUGUGGCGCCGCGUGGCACAGCUGCCAGGGGUCACCAUCUACGGCCCCUCCCCCGAGGACCAGCCAGAUCGGGCAUCCUUGGUGUGCUUCAAUGUGGAGGGCUGCCACGCAAAUGAUUUGGCGACCAUCGUGGACCAGGACCGGGGCAUCGCCAUGCGGUCCGGGCACCACUGCACGCAGCCCUUGCACACUGAGCUGGGAAUCACCGCCAGCGCCCGCUUGUCGGCAUACUUUUACAACACCGAGGAUGAGAUCGACGCAGCUGCAGACGCUCUGGAGGCAGCUAUUCAGCUUAUUCGAUCUGGAGAAGGGGAGCCAACGUUGGACCCCUCCAUGGCAGCGCUGCUGGACGUUUGAGGGCGUUUCGUUUUACCGACGCCGCACUCGUCUUGUGGACGGACCUGGUUUCAGGUCAUUGUGUUGCAAAGUGUGUGGUCUU